AUGAACAACUCAGCUAAGAAGAAUGCUGCACAGACUGCAUCCAACCUGACCUUCAAGAUCUCGCCUGUAGCAGGACUUACCGUUUCCUGGGAGACGCGUCUGCUGAAUGAUGUAUUGUACGUAGAACUUCCUGCAGGAAUACUACCCGAGGGAUCUAAGGAAAGUUUGGUGACGCUGUUGGAGUAUGCCGAAGAAAAACUCAAGUGCAAGCACGUCGUCUGUUGCCUCAACAAGAACAGGCCUGACCGUGUGUCCCUGCUGCGAGUAUUCAACUUCUUUGGCUUCCAGAUUCUGCCGCCUGGUCACCAGUUGGUGGUCAGUCCAUGCCAGGAUCUCCUGUAUAUGGCCUACACCAUUGAGAGGGACUCUGAGCUGGACGAAUCCGACAGUGAUGAGGAAGCUGAUGGCAAAACCAAACGCCAGCGAUCAUCCUCCAGCGAAAGCACUGACGGUGGCAGCUGUAGCGAUUGUUGA